GAGAGAGAGGGAGCAGAACCUCUCCACGUCUCCACACACAUACCUGCACUCAGUCAGGAUUUGUCCUCGUCUCAGAGAUACAUGUCGUGCUGUGUGGUGUGAGUUUAUUUUCCCGAUCUGAGCAGUUCUGGGGGACUUUGGACACUCGGAGCCCCUUUGCGCACGGCCGCGCGCGCGUUGACGCACUCCUCUGAGGACUUUACAGCUGCGCUAGAGUUUCCAGCACUCACCCUUCUGCAUGAAUCUCUUCGACUCCUACCUGAAAAUGAGCGACGAGCAGGACAAGGGUCUCUCCGACGCGCCCAGCCCGAGCAUGUCCGAGGAUUCCGCCGGGUCUCCGUGUCCGUCCGGAUCGGGCUCGGACACCGAGAACACCCGCCCGGAGGAGCACCUGGGAGAGUUUAAGAAGGACGAGGACAAGUUCCCCGUGUGUAUCAGGGACGCGGUGUCUCAGGUGCUGAAGGGCUACGACUGGACCCUGGUGCCCAUGCCUGUGCGAGUGAACGGCGCGCACAAGAGCAAGCCGCACGUCAAGAGACCCAUGAACGCGUUUAUGGUUUGGGCUCAAGCGGCGCGCAGGAAACUGGCGGACCAGUAUCCACACCUGCACAACGCCGAGCUCAGCAAGACCCUCGGCAAACUCUGGAGGUUACUGAAUGAGGGCGAGAAGCGUCCAUUUGUGGAGGAGGCCGAGCGUCUGAGGGUCCAGCACAAGAAAGACCACCCCGACUACAAGUACCAGCCCAGACGGAGAAAAUCAGUGAAGAACGGCCAGAGCGAGAGCGAGGACGGCGAGCAGACCCACAUCUCCCCCAACGCCAUCUUCAAAGCCCUGCAGCAGGCCGACUCUCCCGCGUCCAGCACGGGCGAAGUGCACUCUCCGGGAGACCACUCAGGUCAGUCCCAGGGUCCCCCCACACCUCCCACAACCCCCAAAACGGACCUGCCGUCCAGCAAAGCGGAUCUCAAGCGCGAAGGCCGUCCGCUGCAGGAGGGCAUCGACUUCGGGGCUGUAGACAUCAGUGAGCUGAGCAGUGACGUAAUCUCCAACAUGGAGCCGUUUGACGUCAAUGAGUUCGACCAGUACCUGCCUCCUCACGGACACCCGGGGGUCAGCAGCAGUGCCCAGGCGUACUCCACCGGCUACGGACUCAGCACUCAGGCCGGAGGGGCCUGGAUGGCCAAACAGCAGCAGCCGUCGAUGGCCAACAGCGGCGAGCAGAGCCAGGGCCAGCAGCGGACGCAGAUCAAGACAGAGCAGCUGAGUCCCAGCCACUACAGCGAGCAGCAGCAGGGCUCCCCACAGCACGUGGCCUACGGCUCCUUCCACCUGCAGCACUACAGCACCUCCUACCCCUCCAUCGGCCGCACGGGGUACGACUACGCCGAGCACCAGAGUCCCGCCAACUCCUACUACAGCCAGUACCCCGCUUUCAGCUACAUGAGCCCCGGCCAGAGGCCCCUGUACACCCCUAUCGCCGACACGGCGGGCGUCACGUCCAGUCCGCAGCACUGGGAGCAGCAGCCCGUCUACACCCAGCUGUCCAGGCCCUGAGGGACUAAGCGGCUGUCCUGGGACGCUCGCAGCUCGGUGGGAAAAAGCUGGAAAAGUACUGAAACAAACGGAAUGGCUCCCAACUGUGCCUUUUGAAAUUGUGAUUAUAUUUUUCUAGAUAUAAUGAGACAAGAGAAGUCCUCUGUGAGGACAGAUUCCAGAUAAUUAUUUUAGUAUGUACUGUGUAUGUGUUACGUGUGUUUUUCGGAAUGGGGGGAUUUAUACGCAGCUGUCUGUGGCCUCCCGGACUUCACCCUGGUGAUAUUUCUGUAAAGACUCGUUUGCCUGAUAUUUCUCCUCUGUAUAUAUUUGUGGGGGUUUCUUAAAACUUGGGCAAAGCAUGUUGAUUUGUCAUCAUGAGUAGGUGCUUCUAGAGUCUGUGCCUAGGCUUUGCCAUAUCACUUGAGCUCGUUUCUGUGAAAACUGCCUCUAGAGUCCGUCUGUGCCUACAGAGAUCACACUGCCAGAGGAGGAACAGGAAGUGCCCUUUGACCUGAGGCUCCUCAGCAGCUCGCCAUUGGUCAGACUGUCAUUCCUCCAGUCUUAACCUCUUUAAUUUAUUCAUUAGUGUUCAUUUGACUUGAAAGUAAUACUAUUUGCAUUCUAUCAUUUACUUGGGCUUCGUACGACUAUUUGUGACAAAAUGUUUCCGGACAUGAUUGCGAUUUAGUUGUAGUGCAAACUUUAACCAUCUCAUUUAUUUAUCAUUUCUUAAUGUUUCCAUUUCAAAUGUUCCUUUGAUAAUCUAGUUUUGUGAAACCUGAUCAAAACCUUUUAUAGAAACAACUGGAACUUGUGGUUUUUGUUUGUUUUUUUGGUUUCUCAAACAUGUUGACUUCUGCAGGCUGUUAGCUACAUCUCUACGAAAAACACCAGCAUUUAUUUCCUUUCCCUUGUUUUUUAUGUCAUUAAGAAAAACUGUAAAACAUGCCACCGUCUUAAAAGAAGCUUAUCUUUUGUAUCAUAUUGUUUGCAAUAAAAAGAAAGAUACUGAAAAUA